AUGGCACCCUCGACACAUCCCCGCAUUGAAGAACUCCCCGACGACUUUGACGAGUCGCUCGACCUGAACGCUCCGACCCCUCCUACAGCAACAACAACAACAACAUCAACGGCAGAAGCCGAGAUUCCCCUCCCCCUCCGCGGCAAUGAAGAGCGACUCCGCCAGCUCGACGAGUCCACGCCGGCCCCGAAGCUGCCCCCCGCAAUGGCAGCGGUGGACUCACACACAACCGAUGAACUCGCCGACAUUCUGAACAAGACCCCGUUGUUCAUGACGGAUAUCAGUAAAGCGGGGGAUGAGAACGGCGAAAACGUCAUGCUCGAUGCGCUCCGCGCGCUGCAGAACGAAGGGACGCGCGGCGAGGUCGCACAGGGGUUCCGCGAGCAGGGGAAUGAGGCGGCCAAGGAGAAGCGCUGGGUUGAUGCGAAGGAAUUCUAUACCAAGGCGAUUGCGGUGUUGCGUGCGCAGGAAAGCAAAUGGGAUGCACCCGAGGAUGAGGAGGAGGAGCGCAAGUUGCUGCGCCAGGUUGAGGAAGCGAGCUAUAUCAAUCGCGCGUUGUGCCAUUUGGAGCUGAAAAACUACCGCUCAACAACGCUUGACUGCGCCGCGGUCCUCAAACUAAACCCGAAAAACGUCAAAGCAUUCUAUCGCUCCGCAAUGGCCCUCUACGCGCUCGACCGCAUCCCCGAAGCCCAAGACGCCGCCGCCCGCGGCCUCGCCGUCGACCCCGAGAACAAACCCCUCCAAACCAUCGCCUCCAAGGCCACGGAACGCAAAGCCGCGCUAGAACGCAUCGCCGCAAAACGCGCCGCCGAAGACGAACGUACUAGGAAAGAAAAACUCCUCCUAGGCACGGCCCUGCGCGCGCGCCAGAUCCGCACCCGGAAAACAAACCAACCCCCCGAGAUGGAGGACGCCGUCAUCAGGCUCUCGCCGGACCCGCUCUCCCCUGAGAGCACGCUCGAGUUCCCGACUGUGCUGCUGUACCCGAUGGACGCGCAGAGCGACUUCAUCAAGGCGUUCUCUGAGAUGCAUUCGAUUGAGGACCACCUCGAGUAUAUCUUCCCGUUGCCCUGGGAUUCGAAGAAGGAGUACACGAUGGACUCUGUGGAGUGUUACAUGGAUACAAACACGGGGGGGCUUGUCAAGGCCGGAAAGAAGCUGCCGCUGCUGCAGAUCCUGAGCGGGAGCAAGGUGGAGGUUGUGGAUGAGUUGGUGAGGAUCUACGUCGUACCCGUGAAGCGGAGUAAGGAGUUUAUUGCGGCGAUGAAGGCAAGGAAGGAGGGUUGA